GGGCGUUCGGUGGCCCUCUGCAUCGCCGCCUACCAGGAGGAUCCCGACUACUUGAAGAAGUGCCUGCGCUCCGUCAAGCGCAUCGCCUUCCCCGACCUCAAAGUGGUGAUGGUGGUGGACGGGAACGGCCCCGACGACACCUACAUGCUGGACAUCUUCCACGAUGUGAUGGGCUCCGAGCGCUCGGGCAGCUACGUCUGGAGGAGCAACUUCCACGAGUGGGGCGAGGGGGAGACGGAGGCCGGGCUGCAGGAAGGGCUGGCCCGUGUCCAGGCGCUGGUGCGCGGCACCACCUACUCC